CGUGCAUUGGUGCUAUUCGCAGUUUCUAGACCUUUUGGCGCACUAGGGUGCACUGUGCUUGGCGAUCGUGAAUUUCCUUGUCCAUUUACGUAUACUUUGUCACUCGCUGCUUUUGCCUAACGUUGCUCAUGCAUUGUUAAGCGAUGGAAAAUGUGAGCGCCUUUAAUGUUGAGCUGAACUCCUUAAGAGAGACUCCUCUUCCCGUAUCUCGUAAAAAGAUGGCAUCUAUUACACGUGCUGCAUUCAAGGCUUUGAAAUUUUACAAGCACGUGGUUCAGAGCGUUGAAAAGUUUAUCAUCCGGUGCCCACCUGAACUGAAAGUUCCCGGUCUUUAUGUGAUCGAUGCCAUCGUCCGACAGUCUCAGUCUUUUUACCAUGAGAAAGAUGUUUACGGUCCACGCUUCAUGCGUAACAUUGUGACCGUUUUUCUUUCAAUUACUCAGUGUGAUGAAAAGGAUAAGCCGAUGGUUCAGCGUGUACUACACUUGUGGCAGCGUGGCACUGUGUUUCCGAAUCAAGUCAUCCAAGCCUUACAGAAUGUCUUUAACGAUCCAGAGAACCCGAGCGUUGUCAAAGAUGCUUGUUCUGUCAUUGAUGCUGUUAACAGGACCGUAGCAUCCUCCAAAAUUUUGACUUCAGGCGAAUUGGGACAAGUUGCUCAAACUAAGGAUCACACAUCACUAAGUUCCGAGUUGCAUGAUGGUAAAUCUUCAAAAGAGGACCCCUUACACUUACGUGAGAGACCAUUGUCUACUUCCGAGGCCCAAUUGCUGCAGUUGCAAAUGAUGCAGCAGAAGAUCGCAGAACAAUCCUCUUUGUUAAAUCAGGCUCGGAUGAUUGACCCUGAGGUUCGCUCCCAGCUACAGACUUUGAUGGCUCAGCUUAAUCAGCGCAGGGAGGAGGCGAUGGCCCAGCUCGCAGAGGGUAAAACAGAAGAUGAAGUCAGUCUCCGAUAUAUUUUGACCUCUACUCUGAAUGCAUAUCAUUGUCAGCUCCAACCUUAACCUUAUAUUUUAUUUUUCUACCAUGUUCGCAUUUAGCUUAAUUGCACGAGUACCAGACCUUUUGCAGCUGUUACUGUACUGUUGUACUUCCAAAAGUGAGCUGUAACUUUUGUUCUAUUCCUUGGAUUCAAGGCUUGGGAGUCUUGAGCUUUGAGUGCGAC